UUUGCAGUGACCCCUAUCGUCUGCAAUAGGAAAUUCGCACCACAUGCUUUUGCUAUGCCAUUGUCUCAAGUGAUUUUCAAUGAUCGAGCCCAUAAGCAAAAACAGGAUGCUCUGAAAGAAGAGCAGAAAGACAAUUCAGACCUGGUGGCAUCAAUCUUGCCAUUUGGAACCAGAAGACAGAACAAAGAACUCUCAAGCAGCAAUUCAUCUCUCAGCUCCACCUCAGAAACUUUAAAUGAACCAACAUCGCCAAACACACCUGAGGCUGUUCCACGUGUGAGAAGACGGGGUGGAAUGUCUGUGGAUUCUAUCACUGACCUGGAUGAUGAUCAGUCUAGAUUGUUAGAAGCUUUGCAACUCUCGCUCCCAACAGAAAUGCCAAACAAGAAAGAAAAACAAAGAGACAAAAAGCUAAGCCUCAAUCCUAUUUAUCGCCAGGUGCCUCGGUUAGUCGACAGCUGCUGUCAGCAUCUAGAAAAGUAUGGUCUUCAAACCGUAGGUAUAUUUAGAGUUGGAAGUUCAAAGAAAAGAGUAAGGCAGUUACGAGAGGAAUUUGAUCGUGGUGCGGAUGUUGUUCUUGACGAAGAGCACAGUGUUCAUGAUGUUGGGGCCUUGCUGAAGGAAUUUUUGAGGGAUAUACCAGAUCCUCUGCUCACUAGAGAGCUCUACACUCCAUUCAUCAGUACACUUUUGGUGCUAUUC